ACAGUUUUUUUUUUCUGAAAGCCCUUGAUAGCAGCGUAUGGAACAUCAUGAACCUCUUGAAAGUCAAGAAAGAGGAAAAGAAAAAGAAAAAAGAGAAGGAAAAAGUUUGCUGGGAGAGGACAGAGAGAUGAAACUUUGCACAGCGUCACUAUAGUCAUAACAGGAAACGCAUCAUAUGAACAGUCGGCACAGUAUCAGUGAGAGAACAGCUGCGUCCCUUCAGUCAACAGUUAUCAACAAUUGAAUGUUAUUCUGCACAGUUACAUAGAAUUUUUCUGGAUAACGCUUGGAAUACGAGACUUUAUUGGCGGCUACUAUAUGGAUCAUGACGAUUUAUGAGUGAAUGAUGAUAUCUCUCCAAAUACCAAAAAUGGAUAUGAGGAACAAGACACCAAUUCUUGUCUUACUGAUUAUUUCAAUAAGCAGUGUAUCAGGACUGGACAUCCCUAAGCCUGAUAAACUGUGGUUGGAUAUUUUGGAUGAGGAGGUAAUAGUGUAUUGGAACCGUUCUGCAGAUGCCCCUUCAAACACCAAGUACAAUGUACAAAUGUCAAAGUAUGUUGAGAAAGAUGCAAUGGUGCCCAUCUGUACAGGGAUCACAGAGACCUACUGUGACUUGAGCGGCUUUAUAGAGGACCAUCGUGCUGCCUACAAGGUCAGAGUUCAGCUGGUGGCCGGAGAUGAUGAGUCUGCAUGGAAGUUUGCGAGAUUUCUCCCAAACGACGGUAAACUGCAGCCUCCCUCCUUCACUUUGUGGGCUACGUCCAGCACUCUAGCAGUUUACGUUCACAAAAAACCUAUUCUGAAUAAGCUCUUUCCCUAUGGGCUUACCUACACUAUCCAACUGGAGGAAAGAGGACCCCAUCCUAAGAAUACCACUGCAUUCAUGAAAUAUGAUCGGAGAGAGGAUCAGGAGACCAAGAUUUUCAAUUCUCUCCAUUGGGGGAGAGAGUACUGUGUCAGUAUCAAGGUAAUAGGUGAAGGAGCUCGCAAUCCCAGCAAUUGGUCCCCUACACAGUGUCUGCUGCUACCAGAGCAAGAGUGGUUCAUGAUUGCUGUUUCAUCCUUGUCCAUUAUGGGUGUGUUGGCCAUCAUUGCUAUUAUAGCAACCAUCCUACUGUGUUACCUGAAACAUCCAGAGAAAACACCUGUUGCAUUGAAAGCCCCUCUAUGUGACUGGCACCCACUCACUCCUGGAGAUGGGAUGAUGGAAGUCGUCACAGACAAAGGCUGGUUCCUCUCCAGUUACAGAACAGAAGUGAAAAAUUGUAUUGCCAAAGACCCAGUGACACUCCAUGUUACCAUGACAGAGAACAAUGGAGAGGAGAACAGGAGAACAAGCACAGACAGCGGGGUCAGCGUGAAGUCUACCUCUGCUACCAAAAGAGAAGGAAGUCCUCCAAUGAGACAAGAGGACAGUGGCUGUGGGAGCAUGGGAGGACCAGAGAGCAGUCAGACAGAUUACCCCCUGCAGGAUAAGAGGACUAACACUGACACAGUUAGGAAGAGGGAGGAUAGUGGGGUGGGGCUGGGCAACCAGCUUGAUUCUUCAUCCUUGAAUCUGGAUGCACUGGACAGCGAACCUCUGAAAGAGUUUGUUGCUGGUGGUAAUUACCACAGCCAGAGCCGCUCAACUGUGCAGAUUCGUGUCUAUGAUGAUGAGGAAGUGCUUAAACAGACAAUUCCUGAUCCAGUUUUGGCCGAAGUGGUCACAGGUUACAGGGCUGGGCCUCAAUUGUGUAUCUGCUCAGGAGCAGGUCAGUGCACUUGGUGCCAUAAACAAGGCCUCAGUGAAACAGAUAUGAUCAAACAAUACAGAGCUGUGUGUAUUGAAAAUGGACUAUUGAGCGGCAAAUGUGACAUUAUUGACUCUUACAAAGAGGAGCUCACAAUUUCAAGUUAUCCUAGAACACAAAUGGACACGGUCAUGAUGAGUGACUUCGAAACAACUUUUAUACAUCUGGGGGAGACUUUCCCUCUGCUAUCAGCUCUGUCACCACAGACCCUAGUGGAGGGAGGACAGGACAUCAAUAUGAACAAUGUUCCCCUCUCUCUCUGUGAUGUACAGCUGACAACUGACUGAUACACUGGAAUGCAACAACGCUAUUCAUAGAAACGUGAUUACAUGACUUGUCUGAGAGCUAUAUUGGAGCAAUACACUCCCUUUUGCUUCAUUAGACAUCUUGUGAAUCAUGAAAAUGAAGCAUUAGUCCGUAUUUGGGGAGGCUGUUGUUGAACAUUGGAUGGAAAUAGGGGUAAGACCACAAAGCUGCUGGCUGUGGUUUGGUGUCUCAGCUUGGUUGGUGUCUCAAGAGUCUGUCUGUACAGAGUCUGUAAUGUCAAGGACGUCAUUCUACCCGUUUUACUGACUAUAUUGACAGCUGAAAAAAAUGCAAUAUGCCGGAAGUGAAACUGGUGUGGGGAGCAAUGCAGAGCUACAGUUUAACAGUUACGUGCUUUUGGACAUUUUGCGAGUUCUCCCAACCUCCCACAUCUGCCGGCAAUUGAAUUCCCUAUGUCAGUAACCAACUCUUUAAGUUUCUGAAAUGUGUUUUUGCUUGCUUGCCACUGCCACUAUUCAAUCAUUAAAUAAAUUACUUGAGAGGCACUUUGAAAUAGAUUUCUAUUCAAUCAGAAAUAUUGUUAGACUAGCUUCUUAAAAUAUCACUCAACAAGCUUGUGCCAUAUAAAUUGUGUCAAGCAAAAAGCAAAAUUAAGGAACAAACAUUUCAAUCAUUGAAUCAUGUGCCGGACAUUUUGUUACAGAUUCUUUUACUUCUCUCUGACUCAGCAAGUGAGUUUGAUAUGUCUGAGGCCUACACUUCUGACCUUUCUUUUAGCUACAUGCCUGUUUAAAUUAUUUAUUAUGUGUCAUGAAAAAAGCUGUUUAUAUACUGUCUAUUGUUUUAAACAUAUGACGCUGCUCUUCUACAAGUGAUUAAAAGAAAUUGUUUCAGUGGAAUAUUCUGUAAAUGUUGUACAUUUAUAAGAAAAAUAAAAAAAGCAAUGGGUAAACAAC